AUGUGGCAUAUCCAGUGCAUUCAUCCACAGUUGCAAACACCUGAGGACAUCUCCGACUAUAUUUUCUGUACCAACUCCUUCAUAAGACACCUCUGGAAGAGUUCUGGGCAGGUCGCACCUACGCCGCCUCAGCUACAAGUCGAUGCAGUAGAGAACUCCGUCGUCACCCACCGGGGCGCUUCGAUCGAUGCAGUCCGGCUAAGAUUCAAACUGCUACCCAAGUACCAAGGAAACAACGAUGAAUUUCUCAGCGCGAUCCGUUAUUUUUGCGAGCGAAUAUUCAAACUCAAAGCCGAGGGCGCACUUUACUGCCGUAUCAGCCUCAUGAGCCCCCGAUCUCUCAUUGGAAUUGCGCCCUUGAGCCAUUGGUUCAGGUUUUACUGGACAAAAGGCUUCCUUGAGACCUUCAUUCGUCGACGAGUGUCCCUGUUCAACGAGCUAGCCGAUGGCGAAUUCUUUUGGUCAUGGCUUGGGGGAGUCGUGUAUAUUGUACUGGCGUCAGAGCAGGAACCUUCUGAAAUAUUUCGGGGAAUUAAGAUUGCCCUUGCAAAGAACUUCGAUUUCGAGGCUACGAGGCCACCUCAGGACCUUGAAAUUAGGAGUAGAGAGCUGUCAAAGGGUUUCUUACGCGGUCUGGAAAAGGUUCUGAUACAUCUCGACAGUACCACUGAGGCCUGCAGUAGGUGUAUCGAUGAAGGAGCCACUCAGCUGCCAUCGGAUUUCGAGAUCCAACUUUUCAAUGCAGUUCUUGAACUAUUCCAGGCUGGAUUCGAAGUCUUGACCAUCAACAAGGAAGUUUUCGAUGAAUGGCAAAAUAUUGUCUCUAGUGCGGAAGGCAAAUUGCAUACCGCAUUGUUUACCACAGGUCUAUCGCUAGGGCUGUUUGGUUGGCAGGCUGGCAGUGCUGCCAUUGCUGCUAAGACUGCUGCUACUGCCGGUGCUACUGCCGGUGCUACUGCCGGUGCUACCGCUGGUGCUGCUGGUGCUGCUGGUGCUACUACUACUUCUGGCGCUGCUGCUAUUGGCUCUGCAAUGUGUUCUCUAACAGUCCUUGGGCCUUUUGUCUUACUCGUCAUCGGCUGUGGCAUCUGCUACGUUCAUAACAACAACCAUAAUAAAGCAAAGGAAGAAAGAGAUAAAAUUAAGAAGUUAUCGGAAGGCAUUCGAGGACACCAUGAUAUUGCACGGUAUCUUGCCCAGUGGUUUGUCGGCGGCCACAGGCCCGCUCAGGCGGAUGAAGAAAAGGAGAUGCAAGACAUGAGAGCUCAACUCGGUGAAAGAGGGCUGAUGCCAACCUUGUCACUGAGGGACUACAAGGCGACCAUCAGCAGCGAGGCCGACGUCAUUCGCCAGCAGCUCCGGAAGAUGCAGGAGGACCCUGACCUGAAAGAUUACUUCUCUUAG